CGCAUCCGGGUCACACUUUAGCCGCCGUUUCCUGCAGCCUCUUGGUUCUCCUGUGUGUUUGGACCGGUCCCCAUGUCCUGCUGUGGGGCCUCUGCAGCCUUUGGAUGAAGUAAAUGAGGCUCAGAAAAGUUAAAUAACUUGUCUAAGCUCCCAACCACUCAUCAGUGCCAGAACUGGGAUUUGAACCUAAGAGUCAGACUCCAGAGUUCAUGCUUCAAGCUUGCCAGGCCUGCCUCUUACAGAGAUGAAUUAUGUUGAAAAGGCCUAUUAAGGGACAGAAACUUAAGGUCUCCUAACUCCUCACCUCUAAACUGUGAAGACUGCUGAGAGACACUUGCAGUCCAGUCACAUAAGUGUAAUAAAGAAAUAUUGGUCCUCAUGGAAGAAGAACAAGAUUUACCAGAGCAACCAGUGAAAAAAGCCAAGAUGCAGGAAUCAGGAGAGCAAACUUUAAGUCAAGUCAGCAACUCCGAAGUCAAUGAUCAGAAACCCGAAACUUCAAGCCUUGCUUCAAACCUUACCAUGUCGGAGGAAAUUAUGACAUGCACCGAUUACGUCCCUCGCUCAUCCAAUGAUUAUACCUCACAAAUGUAUUCUGCAAAACCUUAUGCACAUAUCCUCUCAGUUCCUGUUUCGGAAACUGCUUACUCUGGGCAGACUCAGUAUCAGCCACUGCAGCAGUCUCAACCCUAUGCUGUCUACCCUCAGGCAACCCAAACAUAUGGACUACCUCCUUUCGGUGCAUUGUGGCCAGGUAUGAAACCUGAAAGUGGUUUAACUCAGACUCCAUCUCCAAGUCAACACAGUGUUCUUACCUGCACUACAGGGUUAACCACAAGCCAGCCAAGCCCAGCACAUUAUUCUUAUCCCAUUCAAGCUUCAAGCACAAAUACCAGCCUGAUAUCCACUUCAUCUACUAUUGCCAAUGUUCCAGCAGCAGCAGUUUCCAGCAUCUCAAACCAGGACUAUCCCACCUAUACUAUCCUUGGUCAAAGUCAAUACCAGCCUUGCUACCCCAGCUCCAGCUUUGGAGUCACAGGCCAGACUAACAGUGAUGCUGAGAGUACCACCUUAGCAGCAGCCACAUACCAGACAGAGAAGCCUAGUGUCAUGGUACCUGCUCCUGCAGCACAGAGACUUUCCUCUGGAGACCCUUCUACAAGCCCAUCUUUGACCCAGACUACACCAAGUAAAGAUGCUGAUGACCAGUCCCGGAAAAACAUGACUGGCAAGAACCGGGGCAAGAGGAAAGCUGAUGCCAGCUCUUCCCAGGACAGUGAAUUAGAACGGGUAUUUCUGUGGGACUUAGAUGAAACCAUCAUCAUCUUCCACUCCCUUCUUACUGGAUCCUAUGCCCAGAAGUAUGGAAAGGACCCAACAGUAGUGAUUGGCUCAGGUUUAACAAUGGAAGAAAUGAUUUUUGAAGUGGCUGACACGCAUCUAUUUUUCAAUGACUUAGAGGAGUGUGACCAGGUGCAUGUGGAAGAUGUGGCUUCUGAUGACAAUGGCCAAGACUUGAGCAACUACAGUUUCUCAACAGAUGGUUUCAGUGGCUCAGGAGGUAGUGGCAGCCAUGGUUCCUCUGUGGGCGUCCAGGGAGGUGUGGACUGGAUGAGGAAACUGGCUUUCCGUUACCGAAAAGUGAGAGAAAUCUAUGAUAAGCAUAAAAGCAAUGUGGCUGGGCUCCUCAGUCCCCAGAGAAAGGAAGCACUGCAGAGACUAAGAGCAGAAAUUGAAGUUUUAACAGAUUCCUGGUUAGGAACUGCAUUGAAGUCCUUACUUCUCAUCCAGUCCAGAAAGAAUUGUGUGAAUGUUCUGAUCACUACAACCCAACUGGUUCCAGCUCUGGCCAAGGUUCUCCUAUAUGGGCUAGGAGAAAUAUUUCCUAUUGAAAACAUCUACAGUGCUACCAAAAUUGGUAAGGAGAGCUGCUUCGAGAGAAUUGUGUCAAGGUUUGGAAAGAAAGUCACAUACGUAGUGAUUGGAGAUGGACGAGAUGAAGAAAUCGCAGCCAAACAGCACAACAUGCCCUUCUGGAGGAUCACAAACCACGGAGACCUGGUGUCCCUCCACCAGGCUCUGGAGCUUGACUUUCUCUAAGAACUGGAAUGAAGAGCCUUCCCCGCGAGCUCCUUUUCACUCCUGAAAGGAGCUAGAGACCGGAACCAACUGGGAACUCUUUCUCCAUGGAAUGCUGGCGAGAACACAAUCAAAACCAACCGCUGCAAGAGAUGGAGCUUAUUUUUGCUAAGAGUGAGCUGCAGCCCCACGUUCAUCCUCGCAUAGGAGCGGAAGACCGUUGUUGGAUCGAGAGAACAAUAGACUCACCACAGCUACAGUGCUUUUAAUUCUUCUGGAUUUUGUUUUGUUUUAUUUUGUUUCAAAAUAAAUGAAGAAAAAGGAAAGGAAAUUCUUGGGGCAGAGUUGCACUCUGCGUCCGUGACCAGAUUGAGAACUGCCAUUAACUUGUGGUGAUAGGAUAAACGCAGCAGACUUUUAUAGUAACAUCUCUUGCAGUCUUUGUAAUCUCCUUAGCUGUAGAACGUAUUCCCAGUGAAUGUAUAUGUUAUUUUUAUAGGUAAGGGUCUGGUCUCUGAAGCAGGUUCCCCCACUCUUUCUAGCAAGAAAGGGGUGUGUAAAGUUUCCUUGGAAACUCGUAACUGAAAUAUCUGAGAUACCUCUCUGUGAUAGUAGCACCUCCUCAGCUGCUCCAGUGGUCUGCUCUCUAGGGUGGGUUCCUUCCUGCUCCUCCAGCUCCUGGUUGUCCGAACUGUGGGGCAUGGGACACUGAUUAACUUUGGACUUUGCUGUUUCCCUUCCCAGAAGCCUUAGUCACCUUUCCAGUCCCUCUCCCCUUUCAAUAAAUGGCACAACCCUAGAAACUCCUCUUAGACAGUAAAUUGUAAGCCUUCAGCUUGACUCUUAGUCAAAGAGUAUGUCCCCAGGGGCUUACCUCCAAACUGGAGAGAAGAACUAAGGCUUCUUAGGCAUUUCCACUUCUUUGGCUCUUGAAACAAGAAGAUUCCACCAUUUCCUCCUGCAGAGAAGCACCCUUCCCCAACACAUGCUCACCUCUACAGCGCCCUCGCCCUUCUUAGUCAUCAGUGCUGGGCUCUUGGCCCUUUCCCUGCCCUCUGUACCUCAUGUCCACCCCCAUGCAGCUCUGGCCAGUCCCCAGGCUUUGGACCCAAGUGGUCAAAUCAAGUCUGAGAAAAGGUUCAUAAUCACAUUUUGGCCAAAACUACGAAGGGAUUUGACUUUCUUUGAAUCCUUUAAGCCCUGUGAAAGGUGUUCUGGACAUAUAUUUAUCCAGAUCUCGGCCUGAAACUGAAGAACAGAUUGCCAUGAUCACAACCCAGUUUUCCCAUGGAAUACCCAUCCCGCUUCUCAACUCCCCUUCUAAAAUGGGAAACCAGAAGGCCAGAAACACUUUGCUGAUUUAAAUGAGGUUGUAGACCCCCUACUCUGUGC